ACGCUACAGAAUGAACUUUGUUUACAUUCGACGUAUUUUGAUUCCAGUUAACAACAUCCAACUAGUUUGAGUCAACAGUAUCAGGCAUCCAGUCAUAUAAACAAGGAUAUUAAAAAAAAUACAAACAGGGCAUGAUAUGUAGCAAACUUUAAAGUUUAAAUAAAUUUAUCUUGAAUAUUUCAGGAAUUUGUCUGAAGACGAUGAACAGUGACAAUCUGGAGCAACAAGAUUUGAAACCCGAAGCGAUAAAGAUAGAGGAAAACGAGGCAGUCGAAGCAGCAUUAUGCGUGAAAUCUAAACAUUCUGAAACAGGAACUAUAUAUAAAGAAACAAACGUGGAAAUAAACAAUACAGUGUUUGUUUCAAAAAGCGGACGGUCUCAUCAAUGUGAUAUUUGCGGCAGAGAAUUUUCUUUCAGUAGCGAACUCAAACGUCACAGAUUCAUACACACGGAAGAAAAACCAUUCCACUGCAAAGUGUGUGACUUGGGAUUCUGUAAGACUACAGGGCUUAAAAAGCAUAUGCUCGGUCAUGACGAAAGUAGACCGUAUAAAUGUAAUUUUUGCAGUCUAAAAUUUCUAAAGCCUAGCCAUGUCUCGAGUCAUCACAGGAUGAAGCAUCGAGAUGAAAGUUCGUCUGAAUUGAAUCUUGGUUCGUACGUUUGCGAUGCUCGUGGCAAGAACUUUGACCAACUUGUGAUUCGUAAACAUCAUCUAACUAACCAUUCGGAUGAGAAACUCACGCAUGAAAAGCCUUACCAGUGUAAGGCAUGCGGAAAAGCAUUCCAGAAGCGCAAUAAUCUCACGCAACAUGAGUUUAUCCACACUGGCGAGAAACCCCACCGCUGCGAAGUAUGUGGAAAGCGAUUUGGUUUACGCACAAACCUUAAUGCCCACAUGCUAAUUCAUACAAACGAAACUCCACACAACUGUGAUGUAUGUGGGAAAGGAUUCAAUUUGCGCAAGUACCUCACUAUGCACAGACUAACUCACAUAAACGAGAAACCACUCAAAUGUGAAAUAUGUGAAAAACGUUUCCACUUGCCCAGAAAACUUAGUCAACAUAUACAAACUCACACAGGCUACAAACCAUACAAAUGUGAAAUGUGUAGUAAAGAAUUUUACCAACGUAGCAGCCUUGCAGAACACGUACGGAUACACUCGGUUGAAAAACUUCACGAAUGUGAAAUCUGCGGAAAAAGGUUUCGUGUGCGAAGUUACCUCACAGCUCACGUGCGAAUUCACACGAAUGAAUGGUCUCAUUCAUGUGUCGUGUGUGGAGCAGGAUUUCACAAACGUUGCAACCUCGAAAAGCACAAACAGGUACAUACGGCAGAGAAGCUUCUCUAACUCUAAUCAAGAACCAAUAAAAACCUUUGCAAGCGCGUUUACAUUGUAUACGCUAUAAUUUGAUUAGAUAGAUGUUGAGAAAUAUGGCGUACUAGAUUUAAAUAUAUUGAAACCAGCCCGGGGACAACUUGACAGCUCCCAUAUAUUGAACUCAUAAGCAAAUUUUGUGGUGAUUUGGUGAUGUCAUGGCGGCUCGAAUGGAGCAAAAUUUGAAAAAGGCGCAUCCCAUUUACUAUUUUCCAUAUCUAAAAAAUAAUCAAUUUAAGCAUUUCUUUCAUCAAAUUUAUUUCGCUGUUCACAUUAGAAACUGCCCUCAUUCCCCCAUACUUAAACAGAAACAUAGAUUCCAUUUGGAAUUUAAAAAAUCCGAAAGAAAAUAAAUCGAUUUUCGGAAAUACAAGAAGAUGACUUUCAAAAUCAAGCCACUACCACUUAUAUUGGAAUUUCCGAAAAUCUUCCGAAACUAAUCAACAUCUCCUAAGGCAUCCUCCGGUAGAGCCGAGGAAAAUGCCAGAAUAAUUCUGAAGGGAUCCAUACCAAAACCAUCGCAACAUCUUCCGGACAGAGUUAUUGCAAAAGUCGAACAAAACUCUGGCCGAAUUCGAACAAAAUUGUACAUUCCUGGCAGCAUUCUUGCUGAAACCGAGCACUACUGGUUUGAUGCCAGA